GCCAUGUUGUACUUCUAGCUGAUAAAGUUAAAGAUCUCCACCAAAAUGGAGAGUUCAAGCAGUUUCAAAUGACUAUAGAUACAAUACAUCAGCAGUUGAUGCAGAAGAAAGAUGACUAUGAAGAAAGUUUGAAGUCCCUUGAAAAGUCCUAUGAUACAAUUCUUGAACAAAUUAAGUAUGAACGAAAGUCAAUCAAUGAUUCUUUACAUGAAAUUGAGAGGAAAACAAUCAAGGCAUUGGACACAUUAAAGGUCACCAUGAGGACAUCUAUUCAAACUGACAUUGAUCGCUGCACUGAGUCUAUCAAUAAUAUCAAAUGUGUAGAAGAUGAAUGGCUGAGAAGAAAGGAAAAAAGUGAAGCAAUCCACUUGAUCAUGUACAGAAAAUGCCUUGAACAGUCUCUUAAGACAGAAGUAGCAUUGCAGGAAAUGAAAACAAAGAAUGCAAAUUCGCUAACUUUGAUUGCUGAUCCAAACAUACAAGAAUUAAUGUCACUCUUUACAGACAUCGGAAAAUUUCUCAGGGAUGUAAGCACAUUCACCAUACAGUCUAUCCUUGAAAACGAUACAAGUGAUCAGAACGAGCAAGGUGAGGCAUCUGAUCAAUUAAGCGAUCGUAAUCCAAUCAUUAUUAAAGUGACGAGUAGAAGGACAUCUAGACUUAGCACUAAGCAUGAUGAAAGCGUGUGCUCUAUAAUAGGUAUCUGUGAGACAGCUUCUGGACGUCUCCUCAUAGCAGACUGGGGGAAUGAAAUGGUAAAGCUGCUGAAUGACGACUACAAGGUAGUGGCCCACUGUGCCUUGCCUGGUAAACCAGAGUCCAUGUGCAACAUUGACUCCAGUCUGGUGGCUGUUGUUCUGAAUACCAAAGAUAUCCACUUCAUUAAAGUGACCAAUGGUCAGUUGGUUCAGGAAGGAACACUGAAGCUCGAACAUAACUGCAAAGGUAUUGCCCGUCACCAGGGCAACCUGUACAUCACAUCAGACAUAGCACUGUACAAAUAUACUGUGGAUGGAAGAUUUGUGAGCAAGAUAUUAGAGAAUACAUCCGAUGGAAGAACAUCGACAAUUUCAUCCUGUGCAGUGAGUCCAGAUGGAGAGAGAAUAUAUGUGGCUUAUCAGGCCUUUCAAAGGCUGGACACCCUGUCCAGUGAUGGCACAGUGAUCUCCACUAUGACUGACCCGGCCUGGAGUGAAUCACCAUUUCGCAUCCAUGUGACAGACUUAGGACAAGUUCUGGUAUGUGUAAAGGAGUCCAACAUAAUCAUCCAGGUGGAACGAGAAGGGAGAAAGAGACUGGCAGAGGUGGUCACAAAGGAUGAUGGUCUUAACAAGCCAUGCUCUGUCUUCUACAGUAAAUACACUGGACAAAUGGUUGUGGGAAUGUGGGAUAAUGAUGAGAUUAUGGUGUUUAAGACUCAGUUUACGCAGCCACCCUCAUGUACAUUGUCAUAGCUAUCAUUUUAAACAGUAUUGUAUUUUUGUAUUCAUUGAAAUAACACCAAAAGACUGUUUGAAAAGUACAUUUUCACAUUCGAUGUAUAAAAAUAUUUGAAUUAAUACCAAAAAACAACAAGUCUUAACAAUAAUAACAAGACUAUUGCCAAUCAAUAAAAGUUCCCUACCUACCUACAAUAUUAAUUUUGUAGUCUAUUUGUUGCCAUUAUAAAGCUACCAGAAUUCUUAAUGCAGUGAUUUUUUUUGCCAGAAAUUACAGCCGAUAUUCGGCUGCUUCCCAAUUGCAAAAAAUGACGUUUUUUCCCAAAAAUUUGAUUAAAAUUUCCCAAAAAAAGACAAAAUUUUCCCAAUAAAACCAAUAAGAUUACAAUGUAAUUUAGCAAUAAUUUCGAACGAGUGCCGAUCGAGUUGCCGAGUCGUCGCCGAACAACAAGUGACUUACGUAUUUUUCGCGAAUUUAGCCGAAUACGAUUUUACGUUUCUAUCCACAUCUCUCUCUAUAUUGCGGAGGAUACCGACGAUAGUCGAUGUAUCCCGAUUGUAAACGCCUGUUUUUACACACGCCCAAGAUGGCGGCAAGCAGACGAGAAUUUUGCGAUGCGCGGCGAAAAUGAUAAAUAACAUUCAAAUUAACAACGGAUAUCAUAUGGUUAUUACGGAAUAAUUUAAUGCGUGUGUCAAUUAACGCAAAAUAUAACGUUUGAGAUAAAAACAACAAAUAUUUAUUACAAAUCUUCACAGUGAAUGUGCAUCACGGAAAUCAGUGUUGGGAAAUUGGAGUUAGUCUACCGUUACUCACAAAGUUAAUGCAUUUAAGAUGAGUAUCGUUCGAAAAUGGAAAGAGACAAACAUGAUAUGAUUUAUAUGUUAGUGGAUCUGUGUAAAAUCAGAUUCAUAUGCAUAUUCUGCUUUAUUAUGUUUGUCACGCUUUACAGUUUACUGAAAUAGCAUUGAAGUGCAAGAUGUUGAAAGGUAAAGAAAUGAA